GAUUCACACUCCAGCACAGUCGGUGGCAGUAAUGUACCGUUAAGUUGGUUUGCCAACCGCCAUAAAAAUAAAAGAAGAAGAUCUUUGCUCUGUUGGCCCUGGGACUAAAAAAUAGAGGAGUUAAACCUGUCCCUUUACCUUACCCAGCUGUCAAACAUGGCGGUGAACACAAGCACGUCCCUGGUGUUGUCCAGUCUGCUGUCGGUGCUGGUGUUUGCAGGAAUGCAGAUGUUCAGUCGGCAGCUGGCCUCGUCAGAGUGGCUGACCAUCCUGGGGGGCUUCCUGGGAUCUGUGCUGUUUGUCUGCUCUCUUACUGCUUUCAGUAACCUGGAAAACCUUGUCUUUGGCAAAGGCUUCCAAGCCAAAAUCUUCCCAGAGAUUGCCUUGUGCCUGUGCCUCUCUCUGUUCGCAUCUGGUUUGGUGCAUCGCGUGUGUGUGACAACAUGCCUGAUCUUCUCUGUCUUUGCUCUGUACUACAUCAACAAAGUGUCAGCCGCUCUUUACCAGGCUGCACCUGCUCCGACUCCCGCCAAACCCACCAGCAAGGGCAAAAGGAAGAACUGAAGUGCUUGCCCCAUCCCGUUAUCAUCACAGUCAUCCAUUCCUCUUCCAGAUCGCAGUGUGCUGAAGAGUCAAAAUCUGAUGUGUCUGCCAACAGCAUGACCUUUUUUUUUUUAUCCAUUCCUUUCACACUGGAAGAUAACUAAACACAUUUGGUCAUAGAUGUGUGAAUUUUUGUUCUGUUUACAAUAUUUUUUGUUUAAGGGGUUUGUUAUUAAAAGUUAAUUAAAAGAA